AUGUUUAUGAGGGUAUUGAUAAUUUGGAUAUAAAUAAAAAGAUUUGUAAAAGAAAAUAAAAAUCUUGAGGAAGAAAUGAAUACUUAAAAUAAUGAAGUGUUAGGCGAGAAAUUAGAGAAUGUUGAAAAAGAGAACUCAUUCACAUACUAGGAACCUCAUUAUCAAGUUGAUUAAGAAAUGUUGGAGGAACAAUAGGAUGAUAUUCAAUUGUAAGUCUAUUCACCAUAGUAGUUAUUACAAUUUAAGAAACAAAAGCCUGUUCAUUUUGAUGAAUUCAUUUUAGAUGAAGAUCCAAAAAAGAAAGUCUGCAUCUAAUGGCAAAACUCUAUAGUUGAGUAAUCUGAACAUCAUCCAAUUGGAGAUUUGGAGAGACUAGCAGAACAAUUGCAAAGGGAAAACCAUAAGAAAUUUUCAUAUCCUAAGGAUUUGCCAGCUCCUUAAAAUGAAGAUAUUCGUUUAGAUGAUUUGAGCAUGCGCUUCAGUCCGUCUAUAAAGCAAGAUGAGUUUAUUUCGAAUUAUGUUAAAAAAGACGAUCUACUCAGAAUCAAGGUUGGAUUGUGUUAUGAAAUUUUAAAUGAUGAAGAGACUUUGAAAUUUGAAGAUUGGGUUGAACAAUUAUGCACCUCAACUAAUUAUGAAUCUCUAAAGGAAAUGGCAAGGAAAUAGAAGGUUAAGAGAUAUCUAGAAAAAAAGCACAAUCGAACAUAUGAGAAGAAAGUGCAUUAUCACAUAAGACAGAAGGUUGCUGAAGAGAGAUUAAGAAUCAAAGGUAGAUUUGUGACCUGGGGUUAAGCACUAAAGAUGCUGAAUGGACAAGAUUAGAAGAAACCUUCAUGUCAAAGUGAUUAUAUCAAAAUCAAGGAUAUGAUGAAUGAACGAUUUGUGGGACUCAAAAGUAAGAAGUCACUGAAAUUUUGA